AUGAUACGGCUUAAAAAUACAAGAAUUAUACUAAAACAAAGUUAUAUGACUAUAGGUUUAUUAUUACAGAAACAACGACUAUAUACGCAUGCAUUAAUUUUUAAUAGAAAAUUUGCAACCACUUUCAAACGACUGAAUUCAUCAAUUUCGCAUCAACAAAUAAGUAAUAAUUUAAUACAUUUAUCAGAUGUAGAAAUAGACAGUAUUCAAAAUUUAUUAAACAAUCUGCUUGAAAAAUUGAAAUUUCAUCUUGAAAAUAAAUCUUUAGACCUUUCGUAUAAUUUAUUGAAUGAAGCUAGUAUUUCAGAAAAAUUGGAAGUUUAUGAGUCCAUUAAGCUUAGAUUAAGUGAGGUAAUUUAUAAAGAUUCAAGUGGUUCCAUUGAAAAUAUCACGUUGGUUGAUUUUAUCAAUCCCAAUUGGAAAAACAUCUUACCAUUAGUAUAUUUAUUAGCAAAUAACAAAUAUCCUAAAACUGUACUAGAGCUUAAUAAUGCCAAUUCAUCAAGUGAUUUAUUAUCAAAAUUUCUCCAAUUAAUUGCAUAUAAUGAAUUUUUAAAAGGAAAGAUUGAAUCAAUUUCCACAUCAGACACCACAAUAGAUCUUUCAAAUCCAAUACAAUGGUUUCCCGAAGCCAGAAAAAUGAAACGUAAAAUCAUCAUGCAUGUCGGUCCUACAAAUUCAGGUAAAACUUAUAAUUCAUUAUUAAAAUUAUCAAAAUCAAAAACUGGUUAUUAUGCUGGACCAUUAAGAUUAUUAGCAAGAGAAAUUUAUGAAAAAUUUAAUUUAAAAGGUAUUGGUUGUAAUUUAAUCACUGGUGAAGAAGUUAUCCCAUCUAUAAAUAAUCAAGGUCAAAUAUCUGGUAUUUCUUCAGGUACUAUUGAAAUGAUUCCAUUACAUAAAAAAAUGGAUUUAUGUGUAAUUGAUGAAAUUCAAAUGAUUGCUGAUUCAAGUAGAGGUUCAGUUUGGACAAAUGCAUUAUUAGGAGUACAAGCUAAAGAAAUUCAUUUAUGUGGUGAAGAAGGCGCUGUUCCAUUUGUUGAAAAUUUAGUUAAAACAACUGGUGAUGAAUUAGAAAUUAAACAUUUUAAAAGAUUAGGGAAAUUAUCAGUUGAAAAAAAACCAAUUGAUUUGAGAAAUUUAAAAAAAGGUGAUUGUUUAGUUGUUUUUUCAAAACGAAGAAUUUUAGAAUUUAAAUGUAAGAUUGAACAAGAAACAGAUUUAAAAGUUGCAAUUAUUUAUGGUGCAUUACCUCCUGAAAUUAGAAGUCAAGAAGCUGCAAAAUUUAAUAAUGGUGAUUAUGAUGUUUUGGUUGCUUCUGAUGCUAUUGGUAUGGGAUUAAAUUUAAAAAUUAAGAGAAUUGUAUUCAGUGGGAUUAAUAAAUUUGAUGGAAACGGUAUUUCUAAUUUAUCAGUAUCUCAAGUUAAACAAAUUGCAGGAAGAGCAGGUAGAUUUGAUAUUGAAACUGGAGCAAGAGAAGGUUUUGUAACUGCAUUACAAAGAUCGUCACUAGUUUACAUUAAAGAAUGUUUAAAAGAAGCUAAUCCAAAAAUUACAAAAGCUUGUCUUUGGCCAAUUGAAUCAAUAUGGAGAAAAUACAUGUCAAAUUAUUCAACUUCAAAACCAUUAUCUGACAUAUUGGAAAAAUUUGAACAUGAUUUUAAAGAUCAUAAAAUGAAAGAUUAUUUCAUAUCUGAUACUGAUAGUAGACUUGAAAUUUUAAAAUUAAUUUCAAAUACUAAACAAUUAAAAAUUAUGUCAAUUGAUGAUCAAUUAAUCCUAAGUGAAAGUCCAAUAAAUUUAAGAUUUGCCAAAAAUAAUAAAAUUUUAUUACCUACAGUUGUUAAAUUUUUCAAAUGUAUCGUUGAUAGAGAUUGCAAAUCUGUGUUUGAUUUUAAAUUUUUAAAUCUUGAAUUAUUAUCAAAGAAAUCAAAUGCAACUGAAAAAGUUAAAAACAUAUUAUUAAAUGUUCAAGUGUUGGAAGAUAUGCAUAAAUUAUUAUUAUUAUUUAUGUGGUUGAGUCAAAGAUGGCCAACAUUCUUUAUUGAUAAAGAAUCAUCCAUGGAAGUUAAAGCAGUUGUUGAAAAGAGAAUUACUGAAGAGUUAACAAAUAUUAGAAGAAUCAAUAAACUUCAUACAAAUAAAACUAAGUUUAGAAAGAGAAGUGGUCGAUAG